GGAGCAGUGCGGAAGUGACGGGCUGGCUCAGCAGCCAUUGAUGCGUUUUAUUUUUCACGGAUAGAAUUCGUCCUGAAUUAAUAUAUUUGCGGUUGUGUGCGGCUGAAAUCAUGGUGUCUCACUCUUUGGCCCUGCCGAUGAUUUGCUUCACUACAUUAUGGGCGCUGGUGGGGGUCGUGGGACCGUUUUUGGUGCCCAAAGGACCAAACCGGGGUGUGAUUGUCACCAGUCUGAUCCUCACAGCCAUCUGCUGCUACCUGUUUUGGUUGAUAGCCAUUCUGGCUCAGGCUAACCCACUUUUUGGUCCUCAGCUGAAGAAUGAGACUAUCUGGUAUCUACGUUACUUCUGGGAGUAAACGAAGACUGUAUGAUGUCACACCUCAUCAUUCCUGCCCCUCAACUUUCCUCUUAACUCAGAUCCAGUAAAUCCCCAACGGGAACCCGGACACAGUCUGCAGACUGACGGGAACUCGGGCUGCUGCACUUUGAAGCUCAGAAAUCAGUUCUGUUUUUAUUUGUAACUUUGGGACAU